UUCAGGUCGAACGUGAAACGUUGAGCACGCCAAAUGUACGUCCGGGAUUGUUUGCGGUUGCUCUGGAUCUGUUUGCUGAUCUCGUUGGCGGUCAUCGUAGUGGCCGACCAUGAGGACAGUCCGUCCAGAAUCGUGCUGGUGUCCAGUCUGGAGGGCAAUUGCCAAAGUGUGGGCGCGGUUACCACCUGCAGUGGCUUCAAGUUUGACGGUGACGACGAAAGGGCCACGUUUGAUUUGCCAACAGAGGUGCGGAUUGCCGAUGAUGGUACCACCUAUGAAGUGGGCGACGAGGAGACCCCUAGAACCCUGAUCUUUGAGAACUGCACCUUCACGAACUUUCCCCUGCGACUCUUCUACACACUGGAGGUGAGUGAGUUGGAUAUGCGACGCUGUGGCAUCCGAUACAUUUACUGGGAGAACUUCUCCAUUGGUGCCGACAAGUUGGUGGUCCUCCUGCUCACCGACAACCAAAUCGAUGAAGUGCCCGCGAAAACCUUCAGGGGAGCGGGCAACCUGCAGUUCCUCUUCCUCAAUCGCAACAAUCUGAGCAAACUUGACAAAGACGCUUUUGUCGAUCUGAAAGAGUUGCAGUAUCUGGACCUCAAGGAGAAUCGCUUGGUGGAACUGCCGAAGGAUGUAUUUUCCGAUCUAAAAAGUCUGCGGUAUUUGGGCCUGGACGAUAACCAACUGACCACCAUUGAGAGUGAUCUAUUUGCCCAUAAACCGGGUCUAUUAUCAGUGUCAAUUCAGAACAACAGACUACGAGAGGUGGGCGAGUACGCCUUUCCGCGUGCUCAUCGGAUGCAGUAUGUGGAUCUAUCGCAUAACCCGCAACUGGUUGUGCUACUGCUGAAUAUUAAUGCCACCAACCUGACCGUUCGCAAUUGUUCACUGGACCGUGUCAAUUUGUACGGCUCGGUGACGAAUGUCGAUCUGAGCGAUAAUCGCGUGCGAGAGCUGUACUUUGCCGACUCGGAGGCCCUUGAGCAUUUGGUGCUGCGCAACAAUUCGCUGAUGCAGUUGGCAUCGCUGAGCCGGGUGCCCAGGUUGCGUCACCUGGAUGUGGCCGAUAAUCCGCAUCUGGGUCGGUUGCCCCACGGCUGGCAAACGCCGCAUCUGGAGAUGUUGGUGCUGCGAAACACGGGUCAAGUGGAGCUGCCACUGGAGGCCUUGCAGGGAAUGCCAAACCUGCAAAAACUAGACAUUUCCGCCAAUAAUAUCACCGAUAUCGAUAUCUCCUCUUUUACCACGCUGUCGCAGUUAACUCACUUCUUUAUACACGCCAACAACUGGAACUGCUUUAGUCUGCGAACCCUAAUGGAUGUUGUCAUCCGACCCAAUGACAUUACCUAUACGGUGGACGAGAUUGAUCCGAAUUUCCCGGGGGAGUAUAUCCGUGGAAUAGCCUGCAUGUAUCGCAUGUCCGAGAAGGAGCCUCUAGACUCCUCAUCGGAAAUCUCGGCCAGUGUGGAGUCCUCACCAAAGCAAAGCAAUUCUGAUCCCAACGAAGUGGAAAAGCUGCGGCAGGAACUCAAAGCGGUGGUGCAACACUUUGAGACCAAGUUCGAUUUGAUUCUCAGCCAACUCGGCAAGCUGAACGAACAGAUGCAGGCCUUCGAAAUACUUAACAAAACUGUUUGGAGUCAGGUCACCUUGUCGGUCUAGGCCAUUUUUAAUUUGUUUGUUUCAAAUGUAUGUAAUUUAUUCUCUUUUUGAUGUGAUCAAUAAAUUUAUCUUUGCCUUUUGUUAA